AUGAACAAACGAAAUGUGGCCGAGUUAAUGUUCGGGUAUGCACCAAGGAAUAUUCUUGGAUUGACAAACCCACAUAGCGCUCCGUUCCACGAUAAUCGCGGCAUUGGGAAUCAAUGCAUAGACCUGAAUGAACAAGCGAGAAUCGUUGGAGCCCUGGUGAAGAAACAACUAAGGGAUAAAAGGUACAACCGUGGACCCGAUCUUGCGGCCACACUUUGCUACCUGGCCAAUGGCGAACAGUACAUCACUGAGGCGGCGGCUCAGAUGAUUUACGAAGCAUUCGAACCCCCUCUUGACGAGGAGCUGCGUGAGCUUCUUUUCGAUGUUAUUCGUAACGACAACACACGGUCGUCUGAAUCUGUUGGAUUUCGGGAGGCUGACACAAAUGACUCCAAAAUUAUAAAUUGGCGAUUGAUGGCGAAAAUGCUUGAUCAUAACCGCUUACAGUUUUGGGAAGGGCCCUUCAAGCACGAUGGCAUUGAAGACACUCCUUGUAUUGAAAAGAUUUUAGAAGAAACGGGGUUGAGUGGAGGUUGCAAUGUGGAAAAGAUCUGGACCAUCGCCAAACAGUUUGAUGGGAAAAAAAUGGUGAUGGGUACAGCAACUUACGACGACGAGCGAGUGACGCUAGAGGGUGUUCGACAAGCCCUAAACCAGUACAAUUGUCAGCAGAUUGAGGCAAAAGUCGCUGAGAAGUACAAAAGCUGCUACAUCACAAUGCCAGAGGAGAACAACGAAGAGUUAUUGAUAUGA